GAUCUUGGACUUGCCCCGCGCAUCAACUUUGACUUCGACAGUCGCAUCUGAUUCACUCCCAAACCGUCUGCGCCCAGCCUUCGAAUCGAAGAAAACCAGACCACUUCAGCAUUUCAGUCUCUCUUCACUUUCAAAAACCACUGGAACGCAGUGCCCAUCCUUGAAUUCUUCCACGUAACCACCACGGUCUCGCGCACAACCCCCACUCGUCUGCCAUAACACCCAAAUCACGAUCACCACUUCUGCGAUCAAGAUGUCUUCUAACACCGCCCUGUUUCCCAAAGACGCCAACAUGGCAAUGGAUACUGCUAUGUCCGGCGAGCCCAUGGAUAUGACGCCCGAACAAAAACCCACCUUGUUUGCCGCUCCCUCAGCAGACAACAAGGCGACCGAUACGUCAGCACCCAUCAACAAGUCCGACUCGAUGAAGACCUUGGAAUACCACCGCCAGGUCUUGCAAAACAAGAUGGAGAUUGACCACACCAAGUACGUCUCUCCGUCGGACAACAUCAUGAGUCCCUGCACCGCCAAGCUCAGCGCCUUUCGCAGCAAGCAGGCUGGAAAGGUCAAGCCGAAGUCGCUCUUCGCCCAAGCGUCGGCUAAGAAACUCGAGGGCACGACGGCCAUCGGCAACACAGGCACCACAGGCACCACCAACAACGGACUUUUCGGGGUGAAGCAGGAUUAGACGACUGCUACAUCCACUUAUUUCCUUUCGAUUCCGUGUGUUACAUCGUUUGCGAUGCUAAGCGUAGCAGGCCGAGCUGCGUUGGCUUACAAGGACAUUAGCGAGGCUUGCAUUUGGCUAGCAGCUGUCUUUGUAUGGAAGCCGGUGUCUUCCAGUGCGCUUCUGACAUCAUGAGAGUCCACAAAGAUCUCUCUUUUAGAGUUGUCCUAUCUCUUUCCUUUGUUUUUUUUAUGACGUAUCGC